CUCGCAGCCCCGGUCUCAUCGACGGUCUCUCUUCCUUCUUUUAUUGCAGUCAACUUCUCGUCGACGUUGGCGGUUGAAGAGUAGUACUCGGUGAUGUUGAGUUCAUCCUAGAAGGCGGCAUGCUUAUGUUGUCAAUGGCGGAGCGAGGAGGGUCGCGACCAGGCAAACGGGCUGGAGGUUCCAAUGGUGCAAAAAGGCACAGUGAUGCACUUGUUGUGGGGUGUUCGUCUCAUAUUUCUAAUGAGGACGACAAUUUUGUCGAUGGGCUGGGAGAUCCUAUGUGCGAUGCUCCAGAUACUGAAUUAACUACAGAGGAAUUGAGAAGGUGUCUCCUUUGUCUACCACCAAAGAUUGUUGGUUUUGUGCACUAUAUUGACAUCACCAUUUUGAUUUUGUUGUCGUUUCCCAUGGCAGUCCCCUAGAAGUGGAUCAAGUAUAACUUUUUUUUUUUGUCAUUGUUGUUUUUCCAUAUUAAUCACUUAAUUGUGUCCGGUUUACAUUUCGUGCACACGAGUUUGCACUUUGCACUGUAUGGCACACGUUAUAUACUGUUAUGGCACAUGUUAUAAACGGGUGUGGCACACGUUUGCACUUGAGAACUCUAUUUCACGCGUGGAAUUUAUUCCCCCCGUCUGUCUUGUAUGACACACAAUAUAUGCUCGAUUGUCGCACAAUAUUUUCAA